AUGGUUUCGCCAAGUACGAGCGCAGGUGAUUGUAGCUUUCGCUCACAAUGGGCGUCGAGGCUUAUCAGGGAGAAUAUCUUCCAUGAGCUGACGAACCUCACGAAAGGGACUGACCAUGGUCAACAGAAGCAGAAUCGCUCGCGAGCGACUUCGCAAACAGAAUGCCUUCCCUUCGCAGCUCCUCAUCUGAGCGACCUUCUAGACACAAUUCCCACAGGCCCAUUCGACCUCCCGAAAGAUGUUGUGCAGGAAUAUGACAGAGUCUCUUCUACGAAACCCGAUGACUUGAGUAUCAAGCACAGGAUCUGCAUCGUCGGUGCUGGUAUUACUGGCCUAUUCAUUGCUAUGAUUCUGGACAGCCUGAAAAUUCCUGGUCUGGAAUACGACAUCCUGGAAGCAUCGGACAGAACGGGAGGGCGGAUAUACUCUCAUUACUUCUCCGAUGUCCCACACGAUUACUACGAUAUCGGCGCCAUGCGAUUUCCAGAUAUUGACAUCAUGAAGUCGACUUUCAAGCUUUUUAAGCAGUUGAAUCUUCCGCUGAUCCCGUAUUUCCUCGACCCGGAGAGCGGUUCUGUCAAAUGCCCAACCAUGUAUAAUGACAGAACAAUCAUUGAUGGCGAGCCGCGCGGCUCUGAUCCGUUCCGUGUUGGCGAAGCGAACGGAGGUUCAGUCCCUGACACGAAUGUUGACGACGUGAACAAACUGCUCAAUGGUAUCUACGAACCUUUCAAAAAGGCGAUGGCUGGAGACUUCGAAGAAGGAUUUAAUCUCCUGAUGAAAUACGAUAGCUAUACUACUCGCGAAAUUCUGCGAAAUCCGCCCCCAGCUAAGAAUGGACUGACACCCUUGAAACCACUGGACUUUUUCAGUGUCCAAUGGCUGGAGACCAACAACACAGCAAGCGGCCUCUUUGAUAAGGCAUUCUCGGAGUCAGUCAUGGACUCUUUCGACUUUGCUGGGCCUAGAAAAGAGGCCAUAAAGUGGUACUGCAUCGACGGCGGGUCUUCACUUUUGAUCCAGGCCAUGGAGAAGACUAUCGAGCAACCUGUACAGCAUGGAAAACGCGUGCGAAAAUACACCCAGAAUUCAAAGACCAACGAAAUCACUGUUACAGUUGCCGGGGAACCCGAAGGAAGCCGUCCUUCCUAUACUUCCGUCUUUAACACAACCAGCCUGCCGUGUCUGCAACGAAUGGAUUUAACCGGUCUCGACCUGCAUCCUAGUCAAAAGGGCGCAAUCAGAAGUUUGCACUACGACGAUAGUGCGAAGGUGGCCAUGAAGUUCUCUUAUCCAUGGUGGAUAACGAAAUGCGGCAUCACAAGCGGCGGCGAGGCCGCCACGGAUACACCCCUUCGCACGUGCGUGUACCCAUCUUAUAAUGUCCACGACCCGCAAGAUCAGUCGGCCACCCUUAUUUGUAGCUACACGUGGGCUCAGGAUGCGACACGCAUUGGUAGCCUGAUCGCGCGCCAUGACAACGAGCUCCGUGACCUAAUGCUAGAUAAUCUGGCACGGGUGCACCUGAAGAAUUUCCAACAACAACAACCCACUUCCUACCAUGGCCUGACUACUCUUGACGAGGUUCGCCAGAUUAUCGGGGAUGCCUACAUAUCACACCACGCCUGGAGCUGGUCGCACGACUCGUUCACUUCGGGCGCUUUUGCACUAUUUGGACCUGGAAAAUUCUCGAACUUGUACCCUUAUCUCACACGCCCAGCAGCGGACAGCCGUUUCCAUAUCUGUGGAGAGGCGAGCAGUGGGCACCAUGGGUGGAUUGGUGGUAGCUUGGACAGUGCACUUGCCAGCGUGCACAAGUUCUUGAGGAGAUUCGACAUGUGGGAGAAGCAACGAGAGUUGAAGGAUCUAUGGGACAUGCCUCCGGAGGUAGAAGACGGUAUUGAUGGUACACUGCAUCUGCAGGUCGCGUUGGGCAUGGUUCCAACAAGCGAUGUAGUUCGGCGAAAUACAGUCAGAGCUGCACAUAACGAAAAUGGGGCUACGCGGGGUUGCAUCGUUUCCUAG